ACGCCUUCGCAUUCUUUUCUUUCUCGUCAAGACAGAGGCAGACCGCAUUUCUCUUCUUCUUCUUCUUCUUCUUCGAAAAUCCGCGCUGUUUGAAACUGUGACAAAGCUUCUUCGCUCUAGCAACCGAAGCAGCAUCAAUGGCGGCUCUGCAGUACCUGGAGUCGCUCCGGAGCUCGAAUCCGGAGAUGGCGGAAUGGUACAGCGCUAUGGGGGAUCUCUACCAGAAGAAGCUCUGGCACCAGCUCUCCCUCAAGCUCGAGCAGUUCGUCGCUCAGGCCGUUUCCCAGGCUGGUGAUUUAUUGAUACAGUUGUACCAUAAUUUCAUUACGGACUUUGAAACCAAAAUUAAUCUCCUCAAGCUGGCCCAGUUUGCUGUGGUAGUUUCCCGACAAUAUUCGGAGAAAAAAGCUGCAGUUACUUAUCUUGAAGGAGUCAUUGAGAAGCUUCUCUCUACCAAAGAACAGCGCAUAGAGGAACCUAUCCUCUGUAUUAAGAUGCAGAUCGCUAUGUUCAAACUUGAUGAGGAUCGAAAGGAAUGCAAAAAGCUAUUGGAAGAAGGAAAGAGUACCCUUGACAGUAUGACAGACAUUGAUCCCUCAGUUUAUGCAAGCUACUACUGGGUUUCAUCUCAGUAUCAUAAAGUACACAAGGAGUAUGCUGAGUUUUAUAGAAAUGCUCUUCUCUAUUUAGCAUACACUUCAGUGGAGUCCUUGUCAGAUUCAUUUAAGCAGGAUCUGGCAUUUGAUUUGUCCCUUUCUGCGUUGCUUGGAGACAACAUUUACAACUUUGGCGAACUGCUGGCGCAUCCUAUUAUUGAGAGUCUGCUGGGGACAAAGGUUGAGUGGAUGUACCACAUUCUUCAGGCCUUCAAUGCUGGUGAUUCAGUUCGUUACCAAGAACUAUGUCAUAUACAUAAUGCUGCUCUUAAUGCGCAACCUGGUUUGGUCGAGAAUGAGAAGCAGCUCUUAGAAAAGAUCAACAUUCUCUGCCUCAUGGAAAUAAUAUUCAGCCGUCCAUCUGAAGAUCGGACAAUUCCAUUAGAUGUCAUUGCACAACGCGCCAAACUUUCUAUUAAGGAUGUUGAGCAUCUACUCAUGAAGAGCCUUUCUGUUCAUCUGAUUGAGGGCAUAAUCGAUCAAGUAGAUGGAACAGUACAUGUCUCUUGGGUACAACCUAGAGUUUUGGGGAUUCCACAGAUCAAAUCCUUGCGUGAUCGACUCGACAACUGGGCAGACAAAGUGCACACGGCCUUGUUGUCCAUUGAAUCAGAAACCCCCGACCUUGUUGCAGUAUGAACUCAAAAUCAGCUUCUCUCUUGAUGGGAAUGAUUUCGUGAUGGUAACGGAACAAGGAAGUGCACUAGAGGCACAGAAGCAUAUAUAGGAGACUGUUAUCGAGCGAAUGAGCAGUUUCUUAUCAUUCUCUUGAAUCAUUUGUGGCUUUUAUUUAGAAGCGCCAGCUUGUAAUUCUCACUCUUGUCGACUUUUGGUUCAUUGAAGAUCGAAACAGUGAUAUAGUUCAGGACUCGUCAGUCAGUUUGGCUCGACUGAAAGCAAUCAGAUCAGCACGUAUUGAAUCCUGUUUUCCCGGUGGAAAAUCUCAUCUAUUGAAGUGGAUUUUACUGCCUU